CCUUUUUUUUUUUUUAAUUUUUUUUUUGGCCCUAGAUAAACACCAGCCCUGCAAGGGGUGUGCAUGUCGCAAGGGUGUCGAAAGGAUUGGUCUGAAGCCGGGGUUGGUUUGGAAUUGGGCUUAUUUUACUUUUUUUUUGACUGGCCGAUGCAUGGAGUGCCCAGUAGUAAUCUAGAGUCAUAGAUUGACGCCGUUAGACUAACUUGCAGACGCCAAUCCCUCCUUCGCCCACAGGAUCAUGCAAGUGCUCGUCAAGGCCGCCUGCAUAUAUCGCUUUUGAUUGACCUGACUCGGACCCGGGAACAAGGUUGAGGUCUUAUAUACCUUGUCGAUGCUCAACAUGGAACGCCCCGAGGACUCUGCGGCGUCUAUACUCGGCGCCCCUUUCCAAGCUUCAUCGUCCCUCUUAUCACGCCGUCGCAAAUCACGCUCACGUUCUAUCAAUCGUCCUCCAGUCGAUCCGGCAUCCCCUGAAGUAAUCACCUCCCUAAUCUCGUCACUCUCGACCAUCUCGGUACCCCUCCAGACACACUUCGACAACGUACCCUGCCUCGGAUCCGACAUCGAUCUCGUCUUAACAUCGGAACAACGAACCCGUGGGCAUGGUCUCCAAGUGAGAAACGUGUCGCCUCAAGCCUCCGAGGAGGCCUCACAUAGUCCCUUCCUGCACCCAGAUGAUGCAGCCACUGCGCCUGUCAUUCGCAUGGCUCGGGCUCCUCCAUCCCUAAGGUCAAAGACGACGAUCGCCGACGCUUCCCCCUCUCUAGCAAGACCUACAUCUAAGGGAUCAUACUCGUCCUCUAGAGCGGCGUACGAAGACAGCGCAUUUGGCAUGAUUACGGCGGAACCUGGCCCACGGGUCUCGACUGCGCCUAGUAUUGCCUCGACCAGUUCCAGGAAGAGUUUGAAGAGUCAAUUUGGCCUGUUGAAGAAAUCGUCCCGGGAGUUCACAUACGACAAGGAUAGACGCGCAGAACGCUUGCGGAAGACGAGUAGUUACAACGACUGUUUGAGACAUAAUCUUCCUCGAAGUAGAACCAGUGUACGCUCGAUGCAUUCUAUCGCUGAUGGGACUGAAAAAGGCCGAUAUAGCCGCCCUCCUAGAGAGACCUCCUGGGAGCACGGGGUUAGCUCUCAUACCGAAGAAUGCACUUCGUUGCACAGCGCGCGCGAGAGCGCACCCAGUACCCCUGGAGGCAUUGGAGGUGGCAGAAUUAUUCCUGUUCGCGAGUCUUCCCUGCGGCAUAGCUUCUCUUCCAGCUCCAGGCAACGGAGAUCUACUCGCCACAGCCGAUAUUCUUCCAUUGGAAGUAAAGAUAUAAAAGUGGAUAAUGACACUGGAACCGAAGCGGAGCAUGUGGCAAGAAGGAUACAAGAAUUGAAGGAUCAACAACAGAAGAUUAAGAACGAGUUGGAAAUAGACGAUAGUCCCGAUAAAGUCACGCGAGAGCUGCCCGCAAAACAAACUCAAUCACCGCAGAAGCCUAGCGAAAUCGGCCAUGGUGAUGAACAAAGUGCCAAUGGAAGCAGUGGGAUCAGUGAGCUUGAUGAGAGUGCUCCAGCUCCAGCUGUUAUGACGGGAAGAGGUAGAUCAACGACUGGUAACAAUCCGCAGUUUACAUCCAAAGCGACCAAUGGCCCGAUACAGACGUUUGCGAGACAAUCUUUUGACAAGUCCGAUCAAAUCGAAAGGCUACGUUAUCGACGUUCAGUGGAACAGCCAACUUCGCCCCAACAUCACAAACGUUCCCCGUCUGGGCCAGUUUCUCCAGGCUGUGCUUCGGUUGUGGAUGAACGCCCAUCCAGUGCCGAUUCAAUUGAUCUUGCAGUUCUAGACUACGUAUCUGCUCGUAGGCUUACGCAAAAGGUUAUCCAUCCUACCACUGGCCGCGAGAUUGCGUUUUCGGAGGUUGGAGACCCUAAAGGGCACGUUGUUUUAUGUUGCCUUGGAAUGGGCUUAACUAGAUACCUCAUGGCGUUCUACGAUGAGCUGGCACGGUCGCUUCAUCUGCGACUUGUCACGUUGGACCGCCCCGGGGUUGGUGAGAGCGGGCCUUACGUAGAAGAGGCUGGAACUCCUCUCGCGUGGCCAGAUGACGUUGCAAUUGUGUGUAACCAUAUCAAAGUUACAAAAUUCUCGAUUCUCGCGCACUCGGCAGGUGCUAUCUAUGCACUGGCGACUGCUUUAAGGAUUCCCCAGCAUAUCAGGGGCCGCAUCCAUCUUCUGGCCCCAUGGAUUCCACCAUCUCAACUCUCUAGCAUAGGCUCACAGAGAGCCCCGGUUCCUACGAAAGCUGUUCCGUACUCUCAGCGAAUUCUCCGUGCCCUGCCGACAUCCAUUCUGAAGGUCGCUAAUUCGAGCUUCAUGAGUGCAACAAGUGCGAGUUUGACCACUAGUCUCCCUAAAUCCUCUCGGCGCGCUAGGCGAAAGGCAAUAACAAGAGACUCAUCCAGCUCGGCUUUCAGCGAAGCCAAUGGUAUUCAAAAUCCACACAAAGUACACCAACAAGGAGCUGGCCUUCAAGCACUACAAGUCAAGCCCCCGCAAAUGUACAACGGGGCUGGAGUUCAAGAAAUAGACAUCGCAACAAGCAAAGCAGCAGAAGCAGCAGCAGCUUCAGAGGAACGCGAACGCCAGUCUGAUUAUGAUAACCGCCUGACUCAUAAGAUCUGGGAACUGGCCACCAUGAAUGCAAAUCCAGCGGUAGACCUCGUAGUUUGCCUGGAACGCCGCCAGCCGAUUGGGUUUCGCUAUGUUGAUAUCACUCGCAAUGUAGUUAUUCACCACGGAAGCAGAGACACCCGUGUUCCCGUUGACAACGUCAGGUGGCUGGGCCAAACCAUGCGACGCUGUGAGGUCCGGAUCCUCGAGGGCGAGGGCCAUGGGCUGAUGGCCUCAGCAACCGUAAUGGGUAAUGUGUUGAUGGAAAUUGGCAAGGAAUGGGAGGAUUGGAUGACAGUAGUCCAAGGGAAGCGUCGAGCCACCAUAGGGACGCGGGCAGGUAUCGCCAUCCAAGCCUAAUUGGGCUGAACAGAAAUGUCAUAGAUUGUUGCCUCUCGAGAAGAAAGAUAAGACGAAGAGGUGGGGACAGAAGAAAGAUAGAAACAAGAGAGGAAGGAAAGAGGAUGCCCGUUUCAAAUCAACGGAGAUACUCUGGGUUCUGGUGCUGCUCAAGCCAUUGCUGUCAUCCUACCUGCUGAGCUGUACUGCUGU